AUGGAGGAAGAGAGCGAGCGGAAAAGCGCGGAUAGAGACAGAGCGCCAGCGGCAGCAGCAGGAGCGGCGGACGCAGAUGCAGGAUCCACGGCGCUUCCCGAAAGAGUGCAAGUGGGCGGGUCGCCCGUGUAUAAGAUGGAGCGGAAGCUGGGGAAGGGCGGGUUCGGGCAGGUGUACGUGGGUAGGCGCGUCAGCGGCGGCAACGAGCGGGUCGGCCCAAACGCCGUGGAGGUAGCAUUGAAGCUGGAGCAUCGGAGCAGCAAGGGGUGCAACUACGGCCCGCCCUACGAGUGGCAGGUGUACACUACACUGGGCGGCAGCCAUGGCGUGCCGAGAGUGCACUUCAAGGGGCGGCAGGGCGACUACUACAUCAUGGUGAUGGACCUGUUGGGGCCCAGCCUGUGGGACGUUUGGAAUAACCACAACCAAGCCAUGUCAACGGAAAUGGUGGCGUGCAUUGCAGCGGAGGCACUCUCUAUUCUAGAGAAGGUGCAUGAGCGAGGCUACGUGCAUGGAGACGUGAAGCCGGAGAAUUUCCUUCUCGGGCAGCCCGGGACCACGGAAGAAAAGAAGCUGUACCUGGUUGAUCUGGGUCUAGCAACGAGGUGGAGGGACAGCAACACGGGGCAGCAUGUGGAGUACGACCAACGACCAGACAUCUUCAGGGGCACGGUGCGCUAUGCGGGGGUGCACGCCCAUCUAGGGCGCACGGGCAGUCGCAGGGAUGACCUGGAGUCGCUGGCAUACACGCUCGUCUUCCUGCUGCGCGGCAGACUGCCCUGGCAGGGCUACCAGGGCGACAACAAGGGCUUCUUAGUGUGCAAGAAGAAGAUGAGCACCUCGCCCGAGAUGCUCUGCUGCUUCUGUCCGCCGCCCUUCAAGCUGUUCCUGGAGUACGUGGUCAGCCUCAAGUUCGAUGAGCGCCCCGACUACGCCAAGUGCGCCGCCAUGUUCGAUCCCAUUCUCAGCCCCAACCCCGCAUUACUGCCUCUCAACACAGAGGGGGCACGGUCUCUCAAGCCCGGCACCCCCGUCACCCCCGUCACCCCCUUCACGCCCUUCAAGCUGUUCCUGGAGUACGUGGUCAGCCUCAAGUUCGAUGAGCGCCCCGACUACGCCAAGUGCGCCGCCAUGUUCGAUCCCAUCCUUAGCCCCAACCCUGCCCUGCUCCCCUUGAAUACGGAAGGGGCACGGUCUCUCAAGGUGCAGGUGGGGCAGAAGAGGGGGCGGGGCGAGGGGGCCGAGGAGGAGGCGGAGGAGGAUCAGCUGAGGAAGAAGAUUCGCCUCGGCAUGCCAGCCACCCAGUGGAUCUCAGUGUACAGUGCCCGACGACCCAUGAAGCAGAGGUACCACUACAAUGUAGCUGACUCGCGCCUGGCACAGCACGUGGAGAAGGGCAACGAGGACGGGUUGCACAUCAGCAGCGUGGCAUCCUGUCAGAACCUCUGGGCGCUCAUCAUGGACGCUGGUACCAACUUCACAGCGCAGGUCUACGACCUCUCACACGUGUUUCUGCCCAAGGAGUGGAUCAUGGAGCAGUGGGAGAAGAACUUCUACAUCACAGCAGUGGCGGGCGCCAGCAACGGCAACUCACUCGUUGUCAUGUCCAAAGGCACGCCCUACACGCAGCAGUCAUACAAGGUCAGCGACAGCUUCCCGUUCAAGUGGAUCAACAAGAAGUGGCGCGAGGGCUUCUACGUGACCUCCAUGGCCACCGCUGGCAGCCGCUGGGGCGUCGUCAUGUCCCGCAACGCUGGCUUCACCGACCAGGUGGUGGAGCUGGACUUUCUGUACCCCAGCGAGGGCAUUCACAGGCGGUGGGACAUGGGGUAUCGCAUCACUGCCACCGCUGCCACGUGGGACCAGGCCGCCUUUCUCCUGAGUGUGCCGCGGCGACGACCCGCGGACGAGACCCAGGAGACCCUCAGAACAUCGGCUUUCCCCAGCACCCACGUCAAGGAGAAGUGGGCCAAGAAUCUGUACAUUGCAUCUGUCAGCUACGGCCGUACCGUCUCCUAA